CCGUCCAAUCUGACUGACUCACGGUUCAUACAGCAACCGAAGGGGCAGCCAUACGAUCAACUGCUGGAUCACGGAAUGAUGUGUCCCGCUUGCUGCGAACCGUAUAAACGCUAGUCCCGAACGGGCACUGCACCGUCGUUGGGCCCGAGGAUUAUAACAUUUCUUCGUCCAAACGCAAACAUCGCUCUAUAACCCCUUUUGAAAUCCCAUUUUUUCUGCUGUUUUUCCUUUUCCAGCUGCCAGCGUUCCGAAUCACUGAUUCUUCACCGAUUCCUAUCUUUAUUCCCGAAACUCUGCAGCAAAGAAAAAAAAAUGGCUGAUGGAAGUUCUGCAGAAGGUGCAAGUUCCAGUGAUGUUAAUGCUGAAAGUUCAGAAUCAACUGUUGAGGUCAAUGUCAAGACUUUGGAUUCUCAGAUCUACACUUUUCGUGUGAACAAAAAUAUCCCAGUCUCUUUGUUCAAGGAGAAAAUAGCAAUGGCAAUCGGUGUUCCGGUUGGGCAGCAACGCCUAAUUUUUAGGGGAAAGGUCUUAAAGGAUAAUCACCUCCUGUCUGAAUAUCAUCUGGAAGAUGGGCAUACACUGCAUUUAGUUGCAAGACAGCCGAUCCAGUCAGAAACACUGCCAGGGACUGGCUCUGGAGAGACGGGGGGAAAUCAUGACAAUCGAGGAAAUGAUUCAACUCCUGGUGCCCCCCGUAACAGGGUUGGGCAAAUUUCACACAGUGUGGUUCUGGGAACUUUCAAUAUUGGGGACCAAGGUGAAGGCAUUGUACCUGACCUUACACGGAUUAUUGGAGCAGUUCUGAAUUCUGUUGGAGUUGGAAAUGUGGCUACCAGUGGUGGGGCGAGCAAUACACCUACAUCUGCCAAUGUGGCUGGCCCACCAUCCCAAGGUGUCGGGGCAGAAGCAACCCAGGGGAAUGCUGGUGGCAGGAGUCAAACUGGAAGUCAAGUACCGCAUGGGCAGGCCUUUCCUAAUGUCCCUUUCCAAUCUUUGCAUCAGUCUUUACCAUUCCCAUUUCUGGGGGCGGGGGCAGUUCCUUCACUACAAACGGUCAUUCCAGAUUCUUUGACAACCCUUACAGAAUUCAUGAACCGAAUGGAACUGGCGUUGUCACACAAUGGAUACCAGUCAAGGCCAUCUGUCAAUGUUGGAGAUCCACCUGGUUCAGCAAUUCCAUCCUCUAAUGCCCGGGGACUACCAGCGCCUGAAGUGCUAAGCACCAUUAUUAGACGAGCACAACAGCUCCUCAGUGGUCCUACUGGAGCAGCACUUUCCAAUAUUGCAGGGCGCAUUGAAAGAGAGGGGGGAACUACUGAUCCAGUGACACGGGGACAAAUUCAGGCAGAAGCAAUGCAAGUAGGAGUGGCCAUGCAACAUUUAGGAGCUCUUCUUUUAGAGCUUGGUCGUACUAUUCUGACAUUGCGUAUGGGGCAGUCCCCUGCUGAAUCUGUGGUGAAUGCUGGACCAGCAGUUUAUAUAUCUCCAUCAGGGCCAAAUCCUAUAAUGGUUCAGCCCUUCCCUUUACAAUCAAGCUCCCUCUUUGGAGCUUCUUCUGCUGCCGCUCAGGCAAGUGCUGGAAUUUCAGGUUCCAUUGGUGCUGCAGAUAUGCCCAGAAACAUCAGCAUCCAUAUACAUGCUGGGACUGCCGUUGCUCCGGGCAUAUCAUCAGUUGGCUCCAGGUCAACUACUGGGGAAGCUGCUCAUGUGGGUCAACAUCCAAAUCAGGCACAAGCAAGUGUGAAUGGAACUGGUUCAGUCAAUUUGGGUCCAAUGCACGUACUGCCUCCAAGAAAUGUUGUUGCAGCUGUUCCAGGUCGUUCCCCUUCAGAUGCAGCUGGUCAUGUUCUAAGUGUUUUCUACCCUCUUCAAACAAGGUCUCAGCAGACAAAUCCUAACCAUACAGCCUCUGGGCAAGGUUCGAAUCCAUCCGUGACGAAUGGAACACGACCCAAUAUUGGAAGUUCUGUUUCACAGCCAACAUCACAAUCCAUUUCUCCUUCCGCAGUCAUAACCCAAGUGCAAAUGCGUGUUGGAAGUGUUGACGGCAGUACGCAGGGUGAGAACUCCUCCCACUCUACUUCUCAAACUGCUGAUAUGUUGUGUGUAGGUGGACCUCAAGAUCCAACUGGCCAAUUGGAAAAUUCUGCUGUUCAAGGUUCUUCCAUCAGAUCUAGCAUUGGUGGUGAACAGAAUCAGCUCUUGGGUGACAUGGGAGUUGAUGGAGCUGGCCAGACUGGGGUGGUCGUCGAUUCUGCUUUGCCUUAUAACUCAGGUGCCAGCAAUGUAGGGCAUCAGCCCCAACCCUCUGGCUGCCAACUUAGUAAUAUUGAAGAUAACAGAGUGACGUCAAGUUUAAUACAAACAUCAUCAGUGAGCUCACCAGGAGACUCUAUAGAGGCAGAUUCUAGCAAGUCUUCCUCAGAGAACAAUACUGGUACAUUUGCUUCAGAGAAUGCUCCUAGUUCCAGCCAAAGCCAGGAGCCUUCUGAGGGUGGCAAAACUGUUCCAUUGGGAUUAGGGUCUGGAGGUUUACAGCCUAAGAGGAGAAGCAAGCAGGUGAAGAUGCAAGGGAGAGAUGGUGAAAUGAGCUGUACCACUCCAGUGAAUCGAGACGAGCAGUCUAUUGCUAGGGGUCAACAGGUUUUGCAAUCUCUUUUAUCUCGGGGCUCCGACAUAAGUAGGACAGAUUCAAAUGCCAAUACGAAUUCUAAUGGUCUGUCAGUGCAGUUGCCCCCUGUAUUUCGUCAGAUUAUGGGAAGUUUGCCUUUAGGAGGGCAAGGCAAUAAUGGACAAAUUGAUCCUGCAAGCAUGAUGUCUCAGCUUCUUCAGAGCCCUGCUUUGAACAGCCUUCUGGAAGGGGUGUCAGAGCAAGCUGGGAUUGAAUCUCCCACUGGUUUGAGAAGCAUCAUGGAACAGCUUGCUCAGAGCCCUGCAGUGAGUAAUACCCUCAAUCAAAUUGCUCGGGAUGUAGAAGGCCAGAGCCAUAAUCUUGGAAACAUGCUUUUGGGGUCGGGAAGGGAUCCAGGUGGGAUUGAUUUUUCGAGGAUGUUUCAGCAACUGAUGCCGGUAGUCUCGCAAGCUUUCGGCCAGGGAUCAAUCCUCCAUGCGCCUUCCCAUGCUGUGGAAUCCGAACCGCCACCACAACGUAAUGCUGAUAGGCAAGGCAGAGAUGAUCGAGCGGAUAUUGAUCUUCAAGAAGCUGUCGAAAGGAUUGAAGGCCAUGAUUCACCCGUUGAUCUUUUCCGUACAGUGGUCCAGAAUGCUGGUCGUCUGUAUGGUGAAAAUGCUUCUGCAGAUCUCGUGGAAGAAAUAUGCAGCAAUUCCACGCUCGCCAAUGAGUUCAUGGAAAUGCUACAGCGCGACAUACGCCGACGACUCCACUCUGAAUCCAACUCGUCCAGUGACAGAUCAUAACGUGUCAUUUUAUUUGCUGGUGUAAUAUGAGAAGUCACCCACUGAUAGAAGGCAUGCUAGGGAGUUUUUUGUGCGACUUCCAUACGGUAUUUCUGGCUUUUGAACGGUAGCGCUGUCUGAUACCAUGUCUAGGAUCACCUUGUAUAUCAACUUGAAUGUUAUUUUGAGGACUGUUUGAUCAGGAUUAGGAACA